AUGCCAGAAUAUCUAGUUAAAGACGUUACCAGCAAUACCAGUGGUAUUACCCGUCCCAUGUUUGUGCAGGAAAUUACCAAAAUUGGCGAAGGCGCCUUUGGUACAGUUCUACAGGCCAACUUGAAAAACGCUUUAUCCGAGCCAAAUAGCCCUCAAGAUGUUUGGAUAGGUCCAUUUGCAAUCAAGAAGGUUCCGGCUCAGACUGAAUAUAAAUCUAGAGAAUUGCAAAUUUUGAAGCAAACCAAUCAUCCAAAUAUAGUGGCUCUCAAGUAUUUCUAUAAUUACCCUAAUAAGGAUGACAAUAACAGAAUUUAUCAACAUUUGGCAAUGGAAUGUUUACCCUGCAACUUGCAAUCUGAGAUUAAGCGUUAUUAUUUGAAUAAGUCGUCUUUGCCUGAAAAUCAAGUCAAAAUUUAUACUUUCCAAAUUGCAAGGGCAAUGAAUUACUUACAUUCUUUCCAAAUCUGUCAUAGAGAUAUUAAACCUUCUAAUAUCCUCAUCAAUCCUGAAACCUUACUUUUAAAAAUCUGUGAUUUUGGUUCGGCCAAAGUGCUUGAACCUAAUCAACCAUCAGUGUCUUACAUUUGCUCGAGGUAUUACAGGGCCCCGGAGUUGAUAGUAGGAUGUUGUAUCUAUACAACAAAGAUAGAUAUAUGGGGGUUAGGUUGUGUUAUGGGUGAAAUGUAUAUGGGUAAACCUGUGUUCCAAGGUCAAGAACCAAUGUUGCAAUUGAGAGAGAUUACAAAGUUACUAGGCCCUCCAUCUGAAGAUUUUAUAUUCACCUCAAAUCCUCAGUACAAUGGCCCAAUGUAUUCUCAUAAGAUCUACUCGUCCACCAUCGAUGUUAGGUUUAAAAAGGUUUUUGGAAAUGCAUCUCCUGAAGGUAUUGAUUUAUUGAUGAAAGUUUUGGUAUAUAGCCCUACCGAAAGAUACUCUCCUUCUCAAAUAAUGGCACACUCUUUUUUUGAUGAAAUAAAGAAUAUCCAGUUUACUGUUCAAUCGAGGAUCAAAGCAGCACCAUUCAAAGUGGACAACUUGUUAUUCAAUUUCAGUGACUAUGAACUAAAGACAUUUGGAAAAUUGUUGAAUUCUAUAUUACCAAGAAAUUAA